AUGCCCAAGAGUGAUACAAAGCAAAAAAAAGGCAGGAAGAAUAGAAAUAGGUUGAGGAUAAAGAGGACCAAAGUGUUUGGCCCAAAAGGUAUUGACCAGGUGAAAUCUCAGGUCGAGAGCCGCAAGAGGGUGGAGUAUGAUCCAGAGCUUCCAGGGGGCGGCCAAUUCUACUGCUAUGAAUGUGAUAGACACUUUAUCUCAGAAGACGUCCUAAUAGGGCAUAGAAAGUCUAGCUUACAUAGAAAGAGGAUCAAAGAAGUAAGAGAGCCUGCCCAUUCCCAAAAAGAUGCUGAAUGGGCUGUUGGGCUGACUUGA